AUGAUGUCUAAAUGCAAGUCUUGUAAUGAUGAUGGUUUCCUGACAUGUCCUUUAUGCCAGAAAACUACAUAUUGCUCUAAAAAAUGCAGAGAUUACGAUUGGGCUGCUUCUCACAAAUUUGAAUGCAAAGCAGAACUACCCAAGAGAAAUGAAUCUGAUUUUGAAAUAGUGAACUAAGGAUAUCUAGGGAAAGGGAGCUUUGGUUGUGUGAAAUUGGCUCGUGAUAGAUAGACAGGUUUAUUGUAUGCUAUGAAAAUAGUAAAUUAAAUUGAAAAGUCAGAUAUUUCUAUAGAAAAUCUAAGAAGAGAAAUACGGAUACAAAAAAAACUUCAGCAUCCUCAUGUGAUUCAGUUAUUUGAAUUUUUUGAAGAUGAACAAAACAUUUAUUUAGUUUUGGAGUAUGCAGAAAAUGGUUCAUUGUUUGGUUAUUUGAGAAAGAGAAAGAUUUUGCCUGAAAAUGAAGCAUUUGUGUACUUCUUUUAAACAUGUCUUGGAAUAGAUUAUCUGCAUAAGAAAUAAAUUAUACAUAGAGACUUAAAACCUGAGAAUCUACUACUUGACAAGGAUGGAAAUAUUAAAAUUUGUGAUUUUGGAUGGUCUGCAGAGAUGAUGAUUACCUAGACACGAAAUACGUUUUGUGGCACUAUAGAUUACAUGACACCAGAGAUGUUAGAGGAUAAACCUCAUGACUAAACUCUUGAUAUGUGGUGUUUGGGAGUGUUACUUUAUGAGUUAAUUCAUGGUCAGGCUCCUUUUAAAGGGAGAAAUGAUUUUGAAAAAUGUUAAAAUAUUUUAAAGUAGGAAUAAUUUGAAAUUAAAGCAAGCGAUUAAGUAAAGUAUUUUAUAACGUUUUAGGCUAAAGAUUUGAUUUUAGGACUUAUGAAAAGAGAGUCUAAGGAUAGAUUAACUAUGGAUUAAGUAUUUGCACAUCCUUGGAUGUUAACUAUGGCUAAGGAGUAUAAAUUAGAGAUUAAAGAAUAUAUUUUCGAGGAGAAAAAGAAUCUAGAUCAAUUAAACAGUAGUCUCAGAUUAGAUACUAAAUUUUCAAAUACAAACACAAACACAACUAGACUUUCUGGUUCAAAUAUUAAAUAAGAAUGCGUUUCCUUAGCAUUUUCUAUGUAUUCUGAUGAAUAGUAGCAUCCUAUACAAACUAGAAUCACGAGAAGAACACAACAUCCUGUAAGGAAGGAAAGUGGUUUCUUUGAGACCCUUUUUGAAAAUCUUGGUUGCACGAAAAGAAGUUGA